UCGUUCAUUGAGGAUGCAAUCCAGAGAGAAAGGUUCUAUUUGUCCUUCACGGCAUCGUGUCGUCAACUCGCGCAAACCAAGCAAGCACGUCGUGCUGCAGAACUUGCAGGAGUCCUCAGGCCUCACUACUGCUCAGCUUAAAGUGAAACGGAAACCAAUCGACCGUCACACCAUGGACCGUGCGGUAUCGCAGCGUCUCGGUGAACGGAUAAACCGUUGCUUGGCUGCCGUGCCAAAGGAUCCAUUCCGAGUUCACGACCUCGGCAAGCCUGGUAAGCCAGCGGAAGAAGCCACCGGAACACACGUCGGCCAACCACCGUGGCGGCAGGUGACGAUAGAAGCGAAAGCCAAACCGCGCCCAAUGCCAGAACGUGUGGAAAAUUGGAUGGAAAACUUUCACCGGAAGCCAACGGGCGAGCGCAUCCAGUGGCGCUCGCCUCUGUACGACGCGGGACGGCCACCGGCAGAGCCACGUCCGGUAGACCAGGUGGAGCAGCUGAUCGAUGUGGCGGGCCAAGAUUUCGUCGACUGGCUCAAUACGCUCGGCCUGGAACGGUCCAGCAUCACGAGCCAGAUCGUGCGGCAACUGUUCUCCAGCGAGACGGGCGAUGAGCUGUCCCGUGCCCUAACCGUUGCACCGAAGGAGCUUAGGGCCGUUCCGGGGCAGGUGGCACACGAAUGGGCGCUGCCUGAGCUGUCGCUUGAGCACCGGAUCGCUCGAGCGACCGAGCGGAACCGUGCGAUGGUGUACGAUGCGGCCAAACGGGUCCCGUUUCUUAGGGCACACCAAAAGAUGCCGAACAAACGACAACGAUCUGCUGCUACUGGUGAUGGUGGUGGUCAUACCGAUGAGACCGGCGAUGAUGUUCCGGAGCGCGUAGACGUUCCGGAGGAUUUGAUAAGCUUCAGAAGGCUGUUCAAAGACAUCUGGCACUUGCGCUCGGUGAAGUAUUUGAUUGACUAUCUCGAGAGGCGACCGGAACUCGAGCGGCCAGCAUUUCUCGUCGAGAAGGGGCUGUUCGAGCGCAAGGAAAGCAUCGGCAUCGGUGUUCCGUUCUAUCGAAAAGUUUUAACUCAAGAAGCGCUCGCCGACAGCAUUCGCAAGUAGCAAAAUCGUGAAAAU